AUUCUGUAUAGAUUUCAGUCUUCCUCCUCUCCUCCGCCUCCUCCUCCUCCUGCUGCAGCCGGUCGUUGCGUGUUACGUAAAAGCCUUACGCAACAGCGCCGCAGGUCGGACAGGAUCCGGACAAACUGCGCUCUCCAUCCACUAACAUGGCACCUGUGAACCUGGACAGCUCAGCUCGUGCCCAGCCUUCAGAUGAUGCCAAGGCCAGCAUCCGGACGGUGCUGAAGGGGCUGGAGUGCAUCACCCCCCUGGUGCGCUCUGUAGAAGAGACGCCUGAGCCAAUCUCCACUGAAGUGCAGGGGACCAUUCCCCCUUGGAUACAUGGCAAUCUCCUUCGCAACGGCCCCGGAAAGUUCGAGUUUGGAAAUACACAUUACAAUCACUGGUUUGAUGGGAUGGCCAUGCUGCACCAAUUUAAGAUUGAGAAUGGCCAGGUGACGUAUAAGAGUCUUUUCCUGCAGAGUGACGCCUACAAGAAGAACAGUGAAAAGGACCGCAUCAUGGUGUCAGAGUUCGGUACCCUGGCUAUGCCCGACCCCUGUAAAAACUUCUUCCAGCGUUUCCUUUCUCGCUUUGAGAUGAUCCGUAAGGCGCCUUCGCCAACAGACAACGCGAGUGUCAGUUUUGUGAAAUACAAGGGGGACUAUUAUGUCAGCACCGAGACAAACUUUAUGCAUAAAGUGGACCCGGAGAGCUUAGAAACCGUGGAGAAGGUGGACUGGAGCAAAUUCAUUGCUGUGAAUGGAGCCACUGCCCACCCACACUAUGACCCGGAUGGUACCACCUACAACAUGGGCAACUCGUACGGGAGCAAAGGAGCCUUGUACAACAUCAUCAGAGUUCCCCCUGAGAAGACGGACUCCAGAGACACCCUGCAAGGAGCCAAAGUCCUGUGUUCUAUCGUCCCUGCAAACAAAUCACACCCUUCCUACUACCACAGCUUCGCCAUGUCUAAGAACUACGUGGUGUUCAUCGAGCAGCCGAUUAAGAUGGACCUGCUGAAGAUUGUGACGUGCAAGCUGAGGGGGAAGGAUCUCAGUCAGGGCAUCUACUGGGAUCCCAAGCAGGACACGGUCUUUCACCUUGUCGACAAGCGUACAGGACAGGUCAGCCCUGUGAAGUACUGCACCAAAGCCAUCUCCACCUUCCACCAGAUCAACGCGUUUGAGGAGGGUGGCUGCUUGAUGCUCGACAUGUGCUGCUCAGAUGACGGCCAGGCCAUCAACAACUACCUCAUCCAGAACCUACGCAAGUCAGGAGACGCACUGGAUGAGGUGUACAACACCAUGUGCCGGGUUUUCCCACGACGUUUUGUCCUACCUCUCGACGUGACGCAUGAUACGCCAACAGACACGGACCUGAACACAAGGCCUUCCAGCCAAGCGACCUGUGUCAAGAUCGGCACAAAUAAAGUAUUCUGCCAGCAUGAGGAUCUCCAUGGAGAUGACCUCCGUGACUAUGGUGGCCUGGAGUUUCCUCAGAUCAACUACGGCCGGUCUAACACUCAGCCAUACCGGUAUUUCUAUGGCUGUGGCUUCAGACACCUGGUUGGGGACUCGCUGCUUAAGAUGGACCUGAAGGACAAGACGUUUAAGGUGUGGUAUCGGAAGGGAUUCUACCCAUCAGAGCCCGUGUUUGUCCCUUCACCUGAUGCAGUAGAGGAGGACGAUGGCGUCAUCCUCUCGGUGGUUCUUACCCCCUCAGAGGAUAAAGGCACGUUUCUCCUGGUUUUGGAUGCCAAGACGUUUGAUGAGCUGGGAAGAGCCAACGUUCCUGUCAACAUUCCCUACGGCUUCCACGGGACCUUCAAGGCCUCAGAUUAACUCUGGGACCCCCUCUGGUUUGAGUUGCUGAUACGCA